AUGCAUAUCAAAAGGCUGGAAUCGAGGAUCUUCUGGAAACUGCCUUCGUUGAGUGUCAUGCCGAACGGGGUAAUCAUUGGCGCGGUUAAACCCAACUUUGGCCAUUCAGAGGGUGCAUCGGGUAUCACGAGUCUCAUCAAAGCUAUCCUGUCACUCGAACGCUCAACAAUCCCACCAAACAUACACUUGGACACUUUGAAUCCUCAAAUACUAGAUUUCAACUUAACUGUUCCUUUAGAGCCCAUGGAACCCGCCGAUCGACGCCAAAGGGUUAGUAUCAAUGAGUUUGGCAUAGGCGGUGCGAACGCCCAUGUCAUAUUGUAUUCUGCAGCCGAAUUCUGUGGCAACAUCCAGAAAUCGCGAUUUUCCGAGUCAGUAGACGGGGCUAAGCUGCUUGUGGUCUCGGCUCAAGACUCAAAGAGUCUGGAGAGUCGCAUUGAGCAGGUGUGUGACUAUGCAAAUAAAUUCCCUGGUCAACUAUGCAAUAUUCCGUUCACUCUAGGAGUAAGAAGACAGCAUUUGUCUCACCGAGCAUUCUGUGUGACUUCCUCAAAGAUUCCCUUACGAUCUUCGAUGUUUCAGAAAUCCUGCACUCAAGUCUCACCUCAGCUUUCAUUCGUUUUUACUGGCCAAGGAUCCCAGUGGGCAGAUAUGGGGAAAGGACUAUUGGAGACAUAUCCUUGUUUUCAGGGAGACAUGUUAAGGCUUGAGAGUGCUCUCAAAGGUCUUGAAGAUCCACCAUCAUGGUCUCUUCGGCAGGAGCUGUGCCGGACAAGCGACUCACGCGUUACUGAAGCGGAAUUCUGUCAGCCACUCUGUACUGCCAUUCAGAUAGGGCUUGUCAACUUUCUCGCGUCCUGGGGAGUGCGGCCAGCUGCUGUAGUUGGACACUCCAGCGGUGAAAUUGCAGCUGCUUAUGCAGCAGGUGCUAUCUCGGAGAAGUCGGCUAUAAUACUCGCAUAUUAUCCCGGUAAGUUGGCCAAACAACAAAUGGGUCUGGAAGAAAUGGCGAAUAUUGGCCUCUCUAGCGAAGAGGUAACUCCAUAUCUCGAAGACGGAGUGUUAAUCGCAUGCAGGAAUAAUCCUCAAAUUGUCACUCUAUUCGAAACCUUGGGCUCAAGAUCGCAUAUCACUCAUGUGAGUCACCAGUAUAUCGCAACAAAGGGAACUGGUAUCUACAUGGCAUCAGAACAAAUGAAGUUCCUGAGGCCCUUUUAUGAGGCCUCUCUAGUAGGUCACUUGCAAAUGAACUCCCAUAUGUCACCGAUGCUGUCAAGUGUCACUACGGCUAUGGUGACGGACCCUCAGGAGCUUGGCGCGGCCUACUGGAGAAGGAACCUUGAGUCUCCCGUUCUUUUUAGUGAUGCAGUGAGCAAUCUGCUAAAGGAAGACAAGGCCCAUUUACUACUCGACAUAGGUCCCCAUUCUGCAUUGUCAGGUCCUCUAAAGCAGAUAUUUCGUAGCCACAGCCUGAAGCAUGGCCCACUCUAUAUUCCAACCUUGAAACGUUGCGAUGAUACUAGCUUCGAUGCUAGCUGUGAAGUUCAGCUCUUGUCCGCGCUAGGCUUGAUCCACAGCAACGGGGCUAUUGUUGACCUGAUGUCAGUGAACGGUAGGGGGCAAGUCGUGACAGGCCUCCCGCCGUAUCCCUGGCAACAUGGUACACGAUACUGGAAUGAAAGCCGUUUGGUGAGAGACUGGAGGUUGAGCAAUGAAGCAGUCCGACAGCUCAACCCAGGCACUGAGGGGUUUACUGCGAAAAACGUUCUAUUCAAGAGCCCUCUAGUCAUAGAUGAGGCGGGUAGCGUGGAAAUUAUCACGUCUCUCAAGCCAGUUGCCUUCAAUGACGUGAUGAAUUCAGAAUGGUAUUCAUUCGUAAUAGCAAGCCACGAUGGCAAUGUUUGGACGGAGAUCUGCAGCGGUCAAGUCCGUGCAGGAGCCGAGCAUGAGCCUUGCCAGAUCAAAAUUCCGCGUUAUGCGCGCCAAGUCUCUUCUGAGAAAUGGUAUGAGGCUCUGUCAGAACUUGGGCUUUCUUAUGGUCCCCAGUUUCGCGGUUUACAGAAUAUCUCUGCCGACCCGUUAGGUGGAAGAGCCUCAGCCAGUGUGAACCUAGUGAAGCAACAUGAGAGUCAUUAG